GUUUACCGGCUUGAUUUGAUGCAUGGAAAACAGCUGCAAUUGAAGUUUUGCACAGCCGCUUGUUUUAUAAGCACAUUCACAAGCAGCACCACGAGUGGACGGCUCCAAUCUCAGUUACCGCCAUCUACUGUCAUCCCAUCGAGCACACAUUCAGCAAUCUUUUGCCGCCCUUCCUCGGGAGUUUUGCACAGCCGCUUGUUUUAUAAGCACAUUCACAAGCAGCACCACGAGUGGAUGGCUCCAAUCUCAGUUACCGCCAUCUACUGUCAUCCCAUCGAGCACACAUUCAGCAAUCUUUUGCCGCCCUUCCUCGGGGUAAGCUCCAGCAUAGAUAAACGACAUGGUGUUUUGUAUCAAGUUUAGAUGAUACUGUAUCAUGUGUGGUGAUACUGUAUCCAAAAUGUGGUGAUACCUUAGAGAAAAUAUAGCUUAAGGGCGGUUGCAGACGAACCACAUUCGUAUAUAGGAUGUGGGACCGUCAUACCACAGAUCAAUAUGACUAAACGCCCUAACGCAGAGAGACUUUCACACUACAUUCGAGAAAACACUCAUUAGUGCAACAGUAAUGUUAAGGUGUGUACAGAUAUACGCGCCGCGAACAUAAGCAAUUCACUUUUAAUCAGCUGAUGCCAAGCUUUUUAUAUCUUUACCUUAUCGUUUCUGUAAAAAUGCAGAUAUAGUCAGGUGAUUAAAAGUGAAUUGCUCAUGUUCGCGGCGCGUAUAUCUGUACACACCUUUAUGUAAUGUUCAGGUUGUAGGUUAUGUUGAGGUGAUUUCAUAAUAGUGUUUCAUCGUGAUAAAAUUUGUAGAACCAAUAUUGAUAUUGUGGAAUCUUUCCUUAAUAGAAAAAACUAUUUGAAAUUGUCAAAUUCCACUUUAAUAAACACAAAGUUCACAGGACAUGAAAUCAUGUAAAUCGUGCAAACUUUGUGUUUAUUAAAG